AUGGGUGUGUUUGAAUUUUUCAAGACGCGUUAUGUGAUAGCUUCAGAUGCUGAUAUUGCCUAUAACUUUAAUGAUUUUUGCUGCACCAUGAACCUUUACAAAGCUAUAAAAGUAGCAGUAGUUAACCACCAAACCCUGCUGGCAAUGAUUUUGAUACAGUUGUCAUAUGCAGGCAUGGCCUUAAUAAGCAAGGCUGCCUUCAAUGAGGGAAUGAGUCCUCUGGUGCUCAAUGCUUAUAGGCAAGCUAUUGCUACAAUCGUUUUGGCACCCUUUGCAUUUCUAUUGGAAAGGAUGACACAUUGUUUGCUGUCAUUUUGUCUAUUCUGCAAGAUCUCCCUUGCUGCUUUAUGUGGACCUGCAGCAAGACUGGAUUUCUACUAUAUGGCCCUCCGUUAUACCUCAGCCACAUAUGGCACUGCAAUGCUUAAUACCAUUCCAGUAGUCACAUUUAUCCUCUCUGUUCUGCUGAGGAUGGAGACUGUAGGUUGGAGCUCAUUUUAUGGUAUAUUAAAGAUUGUCGGUAUGUUCAUAACUGUUGGAGGAGCCAUGCUACUUAGCUUCUACCGGGGUCCUCCUUUGAAAAACCCCCAUGCUCUAAGCCCUGUGGGAAGCAGCACUGAAACAUCUCACGUUGGGGGUCAUAAGAACUUGAUUGUCGGCCCUGUGCUUAUGUUUCUCUCUUCUGUAGCUUGGUCAUUAUGGCUCAUCAUGCAACCAAAGCUUCUUACGCAAUAUCCUGCCAAGCUAAAGCUGUCCACUCUGCAGUGUCUCCUCAGUUCUGUGCAAUCCACUGUCAUAGCAGCUGCCUUGCAGCAGAACUUUAACUCAUGGAAGAUAGGAUGGGAUAUUCAACUUGCUUUCCUAGCGUAUUGUGGUAUUCUAGUAACUGGAUUCACAUACGGGCUGCAAAUUUGGUGUAUAGAGAAGAAAGGGCCAUUUUAUGUGGCCAUAUUUUCUCCACUUUCAUUGCUUUUAACUGUUAUCUUCUCUGCUCUAGUAUGGUCUGAGCAGUUAAGUUGGGGAAGUCUAUUGGGUGGCAUUAUGGUGGUUGGAGGUCUUUAUUCUGUCCUGUGGGGAAGGAGCAAGGAGUACAAUCAACUAAUGCUCAAAAGUGAACCUCCCAGUGAGAAGGCCAAGAUAUUGAAAGAGACUGACCAAUUUAGGCUGAUCACAUUGUUUUCCAUCCACACACAUGCGUGUAUGUUAAAUAUUGGUUUUCCAUGUUAUGUAGAGUACUGAUUCUACUGAACUAGUGAUUGAAGAUAUGAUUGUUUUUCUUUUCUUAUAAUUCAUUUUAAAAUUCCUGUCCCUGUUUUGCAUGCUCAUCCUACUUCGUAUUUUUCAAAAUAUUAUUCAUUGCUUAGUUCAAGUUUCUCUGACCCUCUAAAAUCUUUUUACAAGUUAAUGGUCUUGCAGCAGUAUUACUGU